CGAAGCUGAGGUGAGAGUAAUGAUAACAUCGAACGCAGCAAGCAGGCAUUACUGAGCAUUGAAGCAUAUCAAUUUAGAGAAGAAUAAGAAAUGGUUAACCAAAACCAUUGUAUAUUACAAAACAUUACUUAUUUUUGUACAAUUUUGGUUAAAGCUUUGUAAUCAACAUGUGCUGCAGUGGUUUAAGUUGUAAAUUGGUAAUUGCUCUGGGCUUUUCGAUCUUCUUAUUCAUAGCCGAGGGUAUAAAUUAUUCACAACUCGCGCCCUUUUUCCCGAAUGAAGCCGAAGUGAACAAAGGCGUGUCCAAGUUUCUUGUCGGCGUCAUCAGCAGUUGCUUCGACUUCUCGACACUCGUGUUUUCGCUGCUGCUGCCACUAUGUGCCAAACCGCAGUUGAACAAGUUCUUCUUCGUCUGGGGGGCUAUCAUUGGUGCCAUUGCAAACAUGGGAUUCGGAAUGCUAGGAGAAGGACAAGGUGGAGUCUGGUUCGUCAGUAUGUGUUUCCUAUCCCGAAUCCUCAUGGGAAUCGGAGCCAGUAUGGUCUGGGCGACUGGAAUCCCCCUUCUGACGUCACUCGCGCCCUCAUACGCCGGCCGAAUAACCUCUCUGGCCGAAUCAGCUGCCGGCCUGGGAAUCGCAAUCGGACCUCCCAUCGGAAGUGCUGUCUUUACUCUUGGGGGAUACAAGUACCCCUUCUUGACAUCCGGGGGGAUUGAGUUGUUCGUGGUGCUGUUCGCCAUUUUCACCUUGCCAGAGCCUCGUGAUGAGCACCAGAACAACACGUCAUACGACGACGCUCAAGUUGACGACAUAAUUUUCAACGACUCCAUGGACAGUGAUUCUUUCGAUGUACCCAUGAUCUCUCCUAGUCAGCAAGGACCCCAAGACGAAGGUUUGGGAACCCCCAGCACUAUCCGGGCAUGUCUGGAGUUCCUCUCGGUUCCUGGAAUCUGGGCAUUCAGUGUCAUUUUACCGCUGUUUGGAAUCCCGUUCGGUCUCCUCGACGUGUCAUUGUCUCCUUAUCUUCUUCACAAAUUUGACAUCACCGGAGACACGGCUGGAUUGUAUUUUCUAUCGGCUGGUGCUACUUAUGCUAUUUGCACACAGUUCAUUGGUAUAGCCACUGACAAAGGCUUCGCUGCAUAUACAUUUUUCUGGCUUUCCAACAUGCUAGUAGUCGUGACAGGCCUCUACUAUCUGCCUUCUCAAAUAUCCCUUCUGGAAAACCAAUACUACAUAGCCGCCGUACUGGGUCUAAAUGGACUGGCUAUGUCUGGAACCUAUGUUCCACUGUAUCUGAUUCUGCAGGAGAUAGCGAUGGACGGGGGAUACUCCGAUAGUCUGGACCACUUGAAACUAGUCAUCGGCAUCUGGCUCAAUUUUGUCAUGGCUGUCGGCAGAAUCCUUGGCUCUAUCGUGUUUGGAGGCGUGAUCUACCCCAUUUUCGGAUUCCACUUCACUUUCGCCACUGUGUUCGGCUGUUUCGCCGUCGGCUCUUUGAUCAGCAAUGGUUUCUUGAUCCUCUCCGGAAACUACAGGCGCAUGUACUACAACAGCCGUGUCUUCUUAGAAGAAUCAUUAGACAGAGACUAGUUUUUUUUAUUAUAUUUUUUGUAAAAAAAGAUACAUUGCAUCAGUUUGCAAACCAGAGUUUGUAAUAUUUUAUUUUGAGAUCUUGUAUAUUGCGCAAUUUUCUAAGACUAAAGUUUGUAUGAAAUAUGAUAUUUAUAAUGUUUGAGAGUUAUUUGGUAUCGAAUUUCUUCGGUACAACUAGUAUGAUAUUAAA